AGUGCCAAAAUGCCACGAGAGAAAAAAUAAAUUGCAGUGUUUAGUGUUGCAGGAAACAGUAGACUUAUUGUGAAUUUGGAACUAAUGUGACAUGGAAAAACGACAGCGCGAGCUGGAGUCGCUAGUGAGCACUCAAAAGGAGCAAUUGUCGCGCUACGAGAAACGCUUGAAAGACGUGGUUACUGCGUACAAGGGUUUGCUCAAAGAGAAGGAGGCGCUCGAGACCAGUUUGGCGGCGCAUGCUGAGGCCACGGCCGUCGCCAGCGAUCCAGGCGCUAAUCCCUGCGAUGUGCCCAGUGCCAGCGCAGAUGCGGCUGAUGGGGGCAGCGAUGAUGAUAGGGGACAACUGCAGACGCAAAUAAUAACGCUAAUGAAUUCGCUGGCGACGCUCUCAGCGGAAAAGUCACGUAUGGAGGCCUCGUUCCAGGCGGACAAGAAGCAGUUGCGUACGCAAAUUGCCCAGAAGGACCAGACCGUUCAGGAGCUGCAGGCCAAGGCUAAGGAGCAGCAAUUGCGUGCCAAGCAAGACGUCGACGAGGUGAAGGCCAAGUGGAUUGUGGAGCGGCAGGAGCGUGAGAAGGAGACCAACAAUCAAAUGAUUAUGCUGCGUGAACUGCAAAAACUCUACGCGGAUGAGCGUCAUCUUAAGGAGAACAUCGAGAUGCAGCUGAACAACUUCAAGACCCAGUUCGCCAGCAAUGAGGGCGAGAAUAGUCGACUGCGUGAGCUUCAGCUGCAGCUGAAGGAGGCGCGUGCGCAGCUAAAGCAUAGCCAAGCCAAGGCAGACCAGACAACGGCUGCUGCCCAGGCGUCGGAGAACAGUGCACUGUUGCAGCAGGUGCGCCAAGAGAUGCAGCAGCUCAAGGAACAACAUGCUGUCGCAAUCAAACAGGAACAGCGCCGUGUGCUGCGUGCCGAGGAACAGAGUCGACGACAGACGGCGUUGCACGAGGAUCGUGUGGCUAAUCUGGAGGCGCGCCUGGCCGAACUGAGCAGCACCGUAGGCAGCUAUGAUCGACUGCGUCAACAGGAUCAGGAUAACAUACAUGCGCUCAAGCAGCAGCUGCACGAACUGGAGCAGGCGCACAAGGGUAAUGCGCCCGCACCGGGUUUGCUCAGCGAUGCGGACAUGGGCUCGUUGGUGGAUGAGAUUGUGCGGUUGAAGAAGCUGCUUAUCAAUGCCAACGCCCGCUCCUCGAAUCCCAUUGACCUGAGCCAAGUGCUCGGCAGCAUCGGCAGUAGCCAUGCAGCGAAAGCCGUCGACAGUCAUGUUCAGUGCGAGCAGCAGCUUCAGAAUCUACAACAACAAUUGCUGGACACAAAUAAGCAUCAGCGUGCUCAGCUGGAGCAGAAGAUCCAAUUGCAGCAGACGCACAUACAGACGCUGCAGGAUAAGGUGCAGGUGCUUAAUCGCAACAUAGACGACGCCGAGCUGGAGCUAAAGCAGCAGGGCGACAAGAUGCGAAUGGCCCUGAAGAAUGAGCGUGCCAAGUGGCAGGAGGCGAAAGCGGAGCUGGAGAAUGAGACGCGCUGCAAGCUGAAUGAGCUGGAACAGUUGCUGCAGAAGCAGCGGCAACGAUCGCUGCAGCUGCUCGACGAGAAGGAGCAGGAGAUUAAAACAUUGCAAACCUCCUUCGAAGUGUUUCACAAGCCCAAUGCAUCGCCACUGGAGGCGACUGAAUCCUUUGCCUACUCCUCUGACGCGGACAGCGUAGCGGAUGUGGAGGGUGAACGCGAGGCAAAGCUUAAGGUAAAGCCGAAAAAGCUAUCCCUGGGCGACAACUGUCACAUGCUGCACUAUGCCAAUGAGCUGGCGAGGAAGGACAUUGAAAUAACCACGCUGCGCAAAUCUAAAUAUGCUGCCGAGUCCACGUUGCGCAAGGCUAUACAGGACAAGGUCAGCGCCCAGCAGGAGAUGCACGAGAAGAUUGAGUAUCUCGAGGAGCAGGUGGACAGGCUGGAGCGCUGCAAGACGCGCGAAGGGGCUAAUUUGGAGUACCUGAAGAACGUCAUCAUUAGCUUCAUUGUCACCCGGGAUGCGGAUGACAAGCGUCACAUGCUGAACGCCAUCAGCGCCGUUCUGCAGUUUACCACCCUCGAGAUGCAGACGAUUAACGCCGCAUUCCAAAGGAAGUAGUAUCUUGACAGUUUUUCCAUUACUGAGUAGUUCAUAUGUACAUCAAAAUAAAUACUAUGUUUAAUAUAAUUUAUGGGCAGUUCCCCAGGAAGGUCCUCCAUAACCGAAAUCUUAAAAAAGAAAUCUGUCUUUAUUUAGAAUUAAACAAAUUAACGGACAAGCUCAA